ACUUUUGCUUAAGUAUUGUUUAAUUCUUGGUUUUAAAAAUCAACAUAGGCCAAAGUUAGUCGUCCUUGAUUUAAUAUUUGCAAAAAAUAACGAUAAUAUAGAGAAUUGAGCAUAGCGCUUUGAAGACUCAAAGUAAGAAAAAAAUUGAUGAUACGUCACCCCAUCUUUAAUGUUUGUAUUUUUUACCUAAUUUCGAUACGAACAAGUGAAUCUUUUUGUUUGGGGGAUUGAAAGCCCUUUGAGACUAGAUUCCUCGUCAUGUUAUGAAGCAACCCAACUAUUUAGAAGAAGUAGUCCCAAUUAGGGCAACCUCGGAAGAAUUAAAAGCUAUGGCCUUAAGACAACAGCAGCAAAUUGACACUCAGCAGCAGCUCUUAGUAGCAAAGGAACAGCGUUUACGAUUCCUAAAAUUACAAGAAGCAAAAGGAAUGGAAGCAGCAGAAGAGGCUGAAAGGUUACGUCGAUUAAGAGAAAAAGUCGAUGCACAAGAGUCUAAACUCAAGCGUCUGCGAGCAUUACGUGGACAAGUGGAUUUACAAAAAACCUACAAUGUUACACUGAGUAAUGAUUUGGAUUCUAUAAGAGCAUUAUUUAGUGAAAAAGAAAAGGAAUUAAGUUUGGCCGUGGCAAAAGUUGAUGUUCUAACGAGACAACUCGAGGAAUUACGACGCGACAGAAGAGGUCCUUUAGCUCUUAUACAGCCAGGAAAUACAAUGGCAACAAGCAAGGAACUAGAAAAUCUUCGUAGAGAGUUAAUGUACCGCAAUCAACUGUCUUUGCAGCAAGACGCUAAAUUACAUUUGCAGCGGGAAGCUUUACAGCAACGGCAAGCAGAGCUUCAUUCCGUGGAUCAGAGGAUUUUGGAGUUGCAAGAACGAUUAAAUCGGAGAAAAUCAUCAAAUUUAAUGCUGCAACGAAUGUCCAAUGACCAAAACGACAACACAUUAUUAUUUUAUAAUAACAAUCAAGGGUUCCAAAUCCAAAACAGAUCGAACAACAACUCGAAACACGUAUUUACUCAGAAAAGAGGUAACGUGGUUGCGGUGGAGCCAUACAAUCAUAACCCUUCUAAAAUGUCACAAAAUCAAGAUAUAAUGAACAUGGUGAAUAUGAAAAAAAUGAACGUUGAUGUUGAUGACAACUCCUUCGUUGUUAAUAAAAAGCCUUUUGUCAUACCAGUGUCACAUCAUGCGAUGGAUCGUAAAGACACAAACGACAUCUUGAAACUCGAAUCGAAAAAGGAUAUUUCAAGCUAUAACGGCAGAGUUGGAAUUUCGAACGACACUUCUAACCAAGUUAUUCAACAACAACAACAAGGCAAUAGAUCAAAUAACAAUAAUGAAAUGUUGGUGAACGAUGAUUUACAGAAUUCAAACCCAAAUAAAAUCGAAAUUUCCACGUAUUCAUCCCCUCCGAAGGUUGAAAAUACAUCAGACCAGGACGAAUCAAAAUUAAAAUCUCAAGAAAAUCACAACAUGGAAAAUAGUGCCCCUGAAACUUCUUUGAAAUUCAAACUUAGAAACACUCAUGUCAUUCCAUCUGGUAAUUUGUUGACACCUCCUAGAAAACCGAUCAGCAGUGUUGCUCCAUCUUCCUUUACAACUUCUACGCACAUUGCUGGAAAUGGUCCAAAGGUUCACGUAGUGUCGCCAAGUGUAACCUUAAUUUCUCAACUUUCACAUAUGGAAAAACCACGACCUGCAUUGCCUCCAAAGCCUAUCAAAGGUAAUUUGCCUAGUAGUACUGAUGACAGUAAACAAGAACCCAGUGAAAGUGUUAAUACCUCGAACACACUUCAUACUGAUAAUAAUCCUAUCAAAGCAAAACCGUUAACUAUCAAAAAACAGCCAGUAACAGAACAGCCCAAACUAAAAUCUACAAUCGUUAAGCAGUCUCAACCAGCGUUCCAGCAAUUCGAUGUUCAGAAACCAUCUAAUGAUAGUUCAUUUGCAUUUGAUAAUCCAUCUAUUACUCCCGCUACAACUGAUGAGCCAGAUAAAAUUGUAACAGAGGAUUUUGUAGAAAAACCUGAAGGUUUCCGACGAAAACGGACGCUUGCAAAUGAUAAUUUGAAAAUUAAACUUGCACGUCGAGUCAGUUUUGAUCCAUUGGCUUUGCUUCUUGAUGCCAGCUUGGAGGGUGAGCUAGAAUUAAUAAAGAAAACAGCGGUUCAGGUGCCUAAUCCAAGUGCAGCUAAUGAUGAGGGUAUCACCGCUUUGCAUAAUGCAAUCUGUGCAGGCCACUUUGAAAUUGUGAAAUUCUUGGUAAAAUUCGGUUGUGAUGUUAAUGCACAAGAUUCGGAUGGUUGGACUCCUUUACACUGCGCAGCAAGUUGCAAUAAUUUACCUAUGGUUAAGUUUUUGGUAGAGUCGGGUGCAUGUCUCUUUGCCUCGACUUUAUCGGAUCAUGAAACACCAGCUGAAAAAUGUGAAGAAGAUGAAGAAGGGUUUGAUGGAUGUUCAGAAUACUUAUACAGCGUUCAAGAAAAACUGGGAAUAAUGAAUAAUGGAGAAGUUUAUGCUGUGUUUUCAUUUGAUGCCAUAAAUAUGGAUGAACUUAGUUUUUCCAUUAAUGACAAGUUAACAAUUUUGCGCAAAGGCGAUGAAGCUGAAAGAGAAUGGUGGUGGGCAAAAGAUUCCUUUGGGAAAGAAGGUUAUGUUCCGAGAAAUUUAUUGGGAUUAUACCCUAGAAUAAAGGUUCAGGAAAUAGAGUGAGAAGGAUUUUAAAAAAUAUAAAAAAUAGUGUUUAAAAACAAUUUGACACGUAAUUUGAAAUAAAACGAGCUUAAUUAUAAUAAAAACG